AUGCCAAAAGCAAUCGUUUUCCCUGCAUCAAAUGAUGCUCGCAAGAAGGACAAGACCUCUAGAACGAGACAAAGCGCGCGUGCAUCGAAGACACAACUACGGCAAUUUUUAAAGGGUUUCCCUGAUCUCGCUGUUGGUACCCCUAAAAGAAGCAACUCAAUUAGCGAGACUUUAUGGAGUUCUGAAGAUUCUGAAACAGAUAUACGUGCUUCCUCUAGCAAAAUAAAGGGUAAUUCCCCGAUGAAAACGAGAAGCGCUCGAAAGCGCUUCGAAGAUCAAAACCGAAUUAUGAUCAUCCUGGCGAAUGCUUCUUUGUUGAUGCAGCCACUGAAAAUGCCGUUCAUCACAAUGCCAAAGACGUAUGGCCAGAUGCACUCUACAUUCGGCAGCCCAACAUAUAAGCCUGAAAUUCCCAUGUAG